GUACCAGUAGAGUAGAGGGAAGGAAUGAAGGAGUAGGAGAAACUGAGAAAGUAGUGAAGAACAAGGAAAGUGUUGAUAGUGGUCGUUAUCUCCUCCUGCCUUCUGGUACUAAUCUUUUUACAAAUCAUUCAUAAACACCAGCUCUCCACCUUCCUCUUAUUUUAUUCUCCAAUCUCCAACAACCAUCUCUCUUUAAUCUCUCUAUUUCUCUGUUGUAUCGAUUUCUUGAUCCUAAUUCAGUUGAUUGGACGGAAAGAGACAAUGCGCGUCGACUUUCUACAAGAUUAACGAACUCUUACUGAUUCCAUUGAUUUCUUUAAGCGUUUGUUUGUCAUGGAAGCAUCGGACAGUUGCAGUGUUAAGGUUGCAGUUCACGUACGCCCGCUGAUCGGUGGUGAGCAGCUGCAAGGCUGUAAAGAAUGUGUUUCGGUUGCGCCCGGGAAACCCCAGAUACAAAUUGGCUCGCAUUGUUUUAUGUUUGAUCAUGUCUAUGGAAAAGGUGGUUCUCCUUCAACUGCUAUAUUUGCAGAAUGUGUUGCUCCACUCGUUGAUGGAUUGUUCCAAGGAUAUAAUGCCACUGUGCUUGCGUAUGGUCAGACAGGGUCUGGGAAAACAUACACAAUGGGAAGUGGAUACAAAGAUGGUUGCCACAUGGGAAUCAUUCCUCAAGUUAUGAAUGCACUAUUCAAAAAGAUUGAAGUGUCAAAAUAUCAGACGAAAUUCGAGUUACAUGUUUCCUUUAUUGAGAUUCUCAAGGAAGAAGUGAGAGACUUGCUGGAUUCUGUAUCUGUAAGCAAAUCAAUGACUGCUAGUGGACAGUCUGGGAGAGUCACUGGUCCUGGGAGGCCGCCUAUCCAAAUCCGUGAAUCAUCAAAUGGAGUAAUAACGUUAGCAGGGUCUACUGAAGUUGCUGUUCAUACAUUACAAGAAAUGGCAGCCUGCCUGGAGCAAGGAUCAUUAACCAGGGCAACGGGGAGUACAAAUAUGAACAACCAAUCUAGUCGAUCGCAUGCGAUAUUCACGAUCACUUUAGAACAGACGCGUAAAGUCCAUCCAGAAAAUCCUGUCCAUGAAAAUCCAGAUGAGGAUAUGGGUGAAGAAUAUUUCUGUGCAAAACUCCAUUUGGUGGAUCUUGCUGGAUCUGAACGAGCUAAAAGGACAGGUUCUGACGGUCUUCGUUUGAAAGAAGGUAUUCACAUUAAUAAGGGGCUUCUUGCGCUUGGGAAUGUCAUCAGCGCCCUUGGGGAUGAUAAAAAGCGGAAGGAAGGAGUGCAUGUACCUUACCGCGAUAGUAAACUCACUCGACUCUUGCAGGAUUCACUUGGUGGAAACAGCAAAACUGCUAUGAUAGCUUGCAUCAGUCCUGCUGACAUUAAUGCCGAGGAAAGUCUUAACACUCUCAAAUAUGCAAAUCGAGCUCGCAAUAUCCAGAAUAAGCCUGUUAUCAAUAGAGAUUUGAUAUCCAAUGAUAUACAAAAGAUGCGCCAGCAGCUAAAGUACUUGCAGGCAGAACUUAGUGCUCAUGGGGGAAAUGUGACGCCUGAUGAGGUGCAGGCUCUUAGGAAAAGGAUUGCUUGGCUUGAGGCAACAAAUGAGGACCUUAUUCAAGAACUUCAUGACUACCGCAGCAGACGUGCUGUUGCAGAACAUUGUGAAACUGAUACGGAAGAGGACCAUGCUUGUUUGACAAGAACUGAUGGAUUGAAAAGAGGCUUUCAUAGUAUGGACACAUCCGAUUGUCAAAUGGAUGAAGCCGUGUCAGGCGAAAAUUCCAGGGAAAUUGAUGAAGUCGAAAAAGAAUGGGAGCAUGAGCUUCUGCAGAAUGCUAUGGAUAAAGAAUUGAAUGAGUUAAACAAACGACUAGAGAAAAAAGAGUCUGAGAUGAAACUUUUUGGAGUUGUUGACACUGAAGCACUCAAGAAACACUUUGGGAAAAAAAUCAUGGAACUUGAGGAAGAGAAAAGACUUGUGCAGCAAGAGAGGGAUCGUUUGUUGGCUAAAGUUGAGAACCUCGCUGCUAAUUCUCAUGGUCGAACACAGAAGAUGCAAGAUCCUCAUACACAGAAAUUAAAAGUGCUUGAGGCACAGAUUUUAGAUCUUAAAAAGAAACAAGAAGGCCAGGUUGAAACUUUAAAACAAAAACAAAGAAGUGAUGAAGCAGCAAAGAGGUUACAGGAUGAAAUACAGUAUAUCAAGGCUCAAAAAGUUCAGCUGCUACAUAAGAUCAAGCAAGAGUCAGAGCAAUUUCGACAUUGGAAGGCCUCUCGUGAGAAAGAGCUGCUGCAGCUCAGGAAGGAAGGCAGGAGAAACGAGUAUGAACGACAUAAACUUGAAGCUCUGAAUCAACGCCAGAAAAUGGUUCUUCAAAGAAAGACAGAAGAGGCGGCAAUUGCAACCAAAAGGCUGAAGGAAUUGUUGGAAGCCAGAAAGUCCUCGACACGUGAAAAUUCAGUUAAUUCCGGAGGACAGUCACCAGGUGCACAGGUUGAUGAAAAAUCUUUGAAAAAGUGGCUUGAUCAUGAGCUAGAAUUCAUGGUGAAGGUGCAUGAAGUUCGUUUUGAGUACGAGAAGCAAAACCAAGUACGAACUGCAUUGUUAGAGGAGUUAUCCUUAUUGAAAGAAAUGGAUCGCUCUACUUCAAAUGAGCAGAGUCCACCGAUGGGAAACAAUGGACAAUCAAGGUUGUUGUCCAUGUCACCAAGUGUGAGAAUGGCAAGAAUAUCUUCUCUAGAAAACAUGCUCAGCAUGUCUUCAAAUGCACUUGUUGCAAUGGCUUCACAACUUUCGCAGGCAGAAGAAAGAGAGCAAGGAUCAAUUGGCCGUGGACGCUGGAAUAACUUGCGCUCAAUGGGAGAUGCCAAGAACCUGCUUCAGCACAUGUUUAAUGCUGCUGCAGAAGCAAGGUGUAAGUUGUGGGAAAAAGAUAUGGAAAUUAAAGACAUGAAACAACAACUGAAUCAAUUCAUAUCUUUAUUACAAGAAAGCGAAGCUCACAGGAAAGAACUAUUGAAGGAGCAAAAGAGGAGAGAACAAGUUACUGCCAUUGCUAUGGGUGAAUCAGCUUCGGUGAACUCGUGCUGUUCAUCAAAACACUUUGCCGAUGACUUGAGUGGUUUCUCGUCCCCAAUGUCACUUCCGGCUCCAAAGCAACUCAAAUUUACACCUGGGAUUGUUAAUGGCUCAAUGAGGGAUUCGGUGGCAUUUAUAGACCAGACACGAAAGAUGGUACCAAUUGGACAAUUGUCCAUGAAAAAGAUUGCUGCAGCAGGGCAAAGUGGGAAACUGUGGAGGUGGAAGAGAAGUCAUCAUCAGUGGCUGAUUCAGUUCAAAUGGAAGUGGCAGAAACCAUGGAAGCUUUCUGAGUGGAUCAAGCACAGUGACGAGACAAUCAUGAGGUCAAGGCCUAGAAUGCAACCCAUGAUUGAUAUGAUAUGAUAACCAUCAGCAACUUUCUUUUUGCUGUAUCAACUCUCAUAUCAGAAGACCGUUUGUGGCCUUGGCCAUCCUUUUCUUUGAAGUUACUCCUCUGUUGGUUAAACCAAAUGCCAAAGAUAUUUUCAACUCUGGUCAUAUGGCAUUCCAGUCAACAAUAGAAGGGAGAAAGAAUUGAAACCUCUGGCCAACUUGAGUUAAAAACAUGAAAGAUAAUUCUACUGUCCCACCCUGCAGCAGGCAUGUUGUGGAUUGGAGAGGCUUUUGCUUCCGGAUUUUAUAGCUAAGACAUGUCAAUGGGGGAGUAAUCUACAAUGCUAUCAUCACAGGAAAGCAUCUUCUGGGGGUGGUGAGCUUACCGGAGAAUGGUUCGAAGGGUGGGGUGAGCUCGGUUGUUUGGUUAAAGCCAAUGUGUUUCCUGAUGCUACAAUGUUCGAUGUCCUUUAGCUUUUGAUUUUUUUCAUUCUUUUUUAGUCUCGCUGAAAGAUGACAUUCUUUACCGAUUCAGUUUUGUGUACAUAUGGUUUCUUUACUUUGGACUUUAUGUAAGUAUACCAUGAUUUAUUCAGUUUGGCAUCUAACAACAUUAUUUUUAUCUUCA